UCCAAACAACAAGGGAAAAAGAGGCGCCGCGUCGCGCCUCGCUCUCGCCCAACCCCAGCCUCCUCUCUCCGGACUUCGCGCCGCCGGCCGCCGCCCUCGAGAUGGGCUCCUCCGGCUACGGCUACGGCCCCCCCUCCGGCCGCUACCUCGACCCGGAGCGCGUCUUUGCGCUCGUCAUCGGCCGCCGUCCGGGGGACCUCUUCGAGUACCUGGACUCCGUCCCCGGGGCACGCGCGGACCUGCAAUGCCGCCUGGCCAGCUUCGCAGGGACGGCUCUCCUGGCGCCGCUGCCUGGAAGCUCGCCGCCGUGGCCCGACGAGGACUCGUGGGCUCUGUACUGGGCGAAAUACGCGUGGGCUCACGCGCUAAUGAGCAGACUUUGUGCGCCUCAGAUGGUUGGUUAUCUGUUCAAAUAUCCUUCAGAUCCAGUACUCAGACAUGCUGCAAUCCUCAAUCAGAUAGAUGCUUCUACCUCCAGUACUCCUACUGCAAUGCUUCCUCCACAACAGAAAAAUUAUAAUGCUGUGAUCAAUUUUCCUAUCAUACAUGCUCGAACGCCUGAUAGUACACCUGCCUUUAACUUGGGAAGGCAUGCUUCAGAUUUUGCUCCAUGGGGGACUGAUUCUUCUCUUGAACUGGCAUUCUCAAAACUAUCUAUGGGCCAACCAGGAUCCGAGCUAAUGGCUCCACCGCUGAUGCGGAAUAACCAUGGCACACCUGCAAUGGGAGUACCAUCUCUGCGCCAACCUAGAUCAGCACAACUCACCCCACAGAGGCUGAUGCAGGAUGGAGAAGUGCUGCCCACAUUAGAUAUCAAAGGAAAAGGACCUGCAUCAGAAGUAUUCGAGCAAAAAGUGCGGGUCCAUGUCGCUAGUUUGAUUGCGGAAGAUGGCACUACAGGUGCUGCAGGGUUGUUGAUUAAGAAGGGAGCCUGGCAAUUCAUCUGCGCAUCAUGUUUCCCGAUGCAGGUCACGGGACCAGUUCUUUUAGCAGCUGCUUGCUGUGAAGGGAUCAAAAUCGCUCGGGCCUAUCAACCAACUUCUAUUGUGCUGGAGUCCCAUCUAUUCCAACUGCUCGACCCUCUAGCCAGUGCUCAUGCUCCAUGCCCACAGAUGGAAGAGUUGAUGAAAUUGCUGGAUCCCUCACAUUGCACAGUGGAAGCCAUUACCGAAGAAAGCAAUGGAGCUGCUCGUCAACUCGCCAUGCAUUCUUUGGUGACGGGGGUGGCCGAGAUAUUCUUCGGUGUUCCACCGGAUUGGCUUGUGCUUACUUAGCUGGUUGCCAAGAGCAGUAAUGUUAGUUACUCUGUUGCGAAACAAACGGCAAAUGGAUAGUUGGUAAAUGGCAAAUACAGGUUUCAGGUUAGAGUUUAGAUACAGACAAAUGCGAGCAUUCAUCAAGUGUAGAUACAGGUAGAUAGCAUUCUUUCUGUACCCACAUUGGAAAAAGCAAUUGAACAGGUAGUUGUACCCACAUGGUACUUUUGUUAUGAAUUGCAUACCGACUAUCUUCUAAGUGAAUUGUAUAACUAGUUCUGACUGAUGUGAUGUGAACUUGUCUAAGAGCAGCCACUUAUUCAUAUAUGAAUAGAAAGGGUUUCAGUUUCA